AUGACAAGUAGAACUAAUGAGCAGUAUAAGAAGCUUCAUGAUGACUUUAAUAAUGCUUUAUUAUCUCUUUCUAAAGAAUGGAAUCCUCCUGACAACUUAAAUUGCAAAAAUGAUUUAAAUUUGUUCCAAAAAUCAUUAAAUUUAGUUAAUUUAUUGUGUUCUCAACCAGAUUUAAUUAACGUUUCAUUUUUGGAUCCAUUGGAAAUCAUCAAAUCAACACCUUUGGAAAAUUUCAUCAGACAAGCAAUGAAAACAAUUCUAAUAAAAGAAAUUUACAAAACCGUCAAAACCGCAAUUUCAAUUGAAUUCCCAUCAAAAUUGAGACUUUUGAAGCAAUCUGUUGUAUUUAUAGAGAAUUGCAUAGUUAUGAAAGGAAAUUAUAACAUUAAAUCAUAUGUAGAACAUGUUUCUGUUAUUCUUGCUUCAUCUUUAAUUGUUGGAUAUUCUCAUGAGACAGAAUUAUUAAAUGUUUCAUCAAAUUUAGAUAUGUAUUGUCAUGCUUAUAAUAUAUUAUCACUUGCUAGUCCAUCAGAUGCUAUUUGCGAUGCAGAAGUUUUUAUUAAUUUAAUUGAUCUUCUAAAUUCACAAAUAACUUAUUCAAAUUUACCACAUUUGUAUUAUUACAUACAAAGGUUGAUUGAUAUGUAUAAUAAUAACAGUGUUUUAAGAGAUUUUCAAAAGAUGAUUUUGUCGAAUUCGAAAAAUAUUUCUGAAAUCGAUUUCACACCACUUAAAAAUCAUAUUCCAACAAUUUUACCACAAGAAUUCAGUCAGUACAUCACUUCCAACCAAAAUGAAAGAGAUUUAAUCUUUAAAACAAAACCUUUUUAUGUUUCUCAGAAAAAUUUGAAUGAAAACUUUGUUCCAACGAAUUUUCCAAAGGAAAUUUUCGAGUCUUAUUUACCAUUGAACAAAGUUGUUUAUAAAUAUUUCCCUAAACCUAAAGAAGACUUAGAAAUUGACGAAAAUGUUAUAAAUGAAUUCAGUUAUGAUGAUAAUUGUCAGAAAACAUUUUCAGUUCACCAGAUUUCAUCUUUGAUUUCAUUAUUCUCGAAUACAUCGAAACCAUUGGAUAUAAAAUUCAGGAAACUCUCAAAUAUUUCUAAUUCGAUGAUUUCGAAUUUUCCUGAAUCAAUUUAUUCAAAAGGAAAAAGCGGUUAUUUGUCAAUAACAGUAACUAGUUUUAAAUCGAGAAAGAACAUUGUUAGUUUGUAUUUAUAUGAUAUUAGAAAGAAAAUGAUUGUUUCGCAGCCAUUUUCAAUAGGAAUUGUUGAUUCUUUACCAAUUAUUUUGAAUACAAGUUCAUUAACAGCUGUAAUUGAGAUUUCGGAAAGAAAUCCAAAUGUUGUUUUGAUUGCAAGGUUGUUGUCGCAGUUAGAUGAUGGAGAAUUCAAACAUACCGCUGUUUCUUCUAUCAAAAUCUUUAAUGAAGGUGGAUUUUUGGAAUUCAAUCCUUCUUUUCCUGACAGAUUCCAUUCAAUUUCGAACAAUUCGUAUUUAGACGAUAAAAAUGUCAAUCAAUUCAUUGACAACAUUGCAAUUGAUUUCCAAGAAGUGACAAUGACAUUGAAAAUCAGAUUAUUAUUUGAAAGACCAAUAAAUUCUGACACUUUUUGGUCGAAUAAUUGUUUUCCGUUUACUUUUAUACCAAGAAUUGAUAAUAAUUUGAUCUACAAAUAUCCGUUAAUUAUUCUGAAAAAUGUCACUUUUCAAAGUGAUGUAACAGAUGCCAAAUAUUGUUAUUUCACUGUAGAAAUCAUUGAUCAAACAAAUAGUGAUUGUUUGAACCAAAAGAAUGAAUUACAAAAGAACUUUAAAUCUUGUUUGGCAAAUUACAGUCAAAAUAUGACAUUUCCUGACAUUUGUCAGAUUUUAGUUACCAAAGACUUUUCUCAUUCUGCUGUUUGUAAAAUCAGUUUCAGGACAAUUGACAAAAAAGGUGUUGAAAAUAACCGUUUAUUUACAACAUUCAAAUUUUUCAAUCAGAAUGAUUUUCUUUUGCAAAACAACGAAAUCAAGUUUAGUUUGAAUGAUGUGAAAAACAAAUCUUUGGCGUUGUUCCAAGAAACAUCAUCUUUUGUUAAUUUGUCAAUUAGUUUUCCAUCGAAUUUUGUUAUUCCAAAAACAUUUGUUGAUUUUUAUCAAUCAAAUGGAAUCAAAACACCAUUUUUCAGAGGAAUGUCUCUUUCUCUUUUAGAACCAUUAUUUAUUCCAACAAUUUUUGUUUUCUUGAAAACAAUUUCCGAGAAAAAUGUCAGAGAUUUAGUAUUGUUUUUGUCGAAUUUCAGUUUAGAUUGUUUGGAAAAUUUCAAUCAAUGGUGUUUCGGAUGUUUUAAUCCAAAUUAUUUAUCUAUUGAUUUCAUUUCGAAGUUUUUGAACUUUUAUUCGAAUUAUGUAUCAGAAUGUAAUUCGAAAAAUGAUUAUUUGGAACAGUUAAGAUGUAUCAAAUCAUUGCCUUAUAUUUUAGAUAUCUUGUUGGCAUUAUUAUUGUUUUCAAAUGAAGUUUUCAAAUUCUACAAAGAAAAUUUGGCAAAAAUGUGUCAAGGAAUAUCAAAAAUAAUAAGUUUGCUUGCGAGAACGGAAUUUAGUAGAAUAGCUAAUGAAAGAUUUUGCAAUUUCUUGUUUUAUUUGAGUGGAACUUUGGAUGAAGAAAAUUUGUCUGAAAUAAUUUUGACACAUUUGAAUGCUUUUGAUAAUCGCUCAAUAGAAUUGUUUUCAAUGACAGCUUUUCCAUCAUCACAAGAUCCAGAACAAAUUCGUGCUGAUUUGUUACCUCUUCCAAUUAGAUCUUUGUCAAUGCUUGGACAAUUUAAUGUUUUUCAUGCUUUUGCAAUGUCUCCUUUUCUUCCAACUGUUGUUGUUACUUUUCCAAAAUAUAGGCAAAUAUUUAGUAUCUUGUUUUCGAAACUUGAUGAUGCAAUGGCUACAAAUAACUUGGAGUUUAUUAGACAAGUUUUGCAAAUCAAUGCAAAAUUUAUAGAAAAUUCUGACAGUUUUUCAUCAAUUUCUGACAUUUCUUCUCAAAUUUUCUUCCCUUAUUUAGAUUUUGCCGCAAAACAUUGUAGUAAUAAUAAUAUUCUUGAUGAUGCUGAAUCUUUAGAGUCAUUCAUAUCUCCUAUUUUGUUUUUAAUCAAGACUUCUUCUCUAAGUUUAAUUCAUCAAACAAUUACUGACAAAAAUGGAAAAGAAAUGGUUGUGAGAAAAUUAAUUGGCUUGUUAUACAAAAAAUUCUCAGAAAGUGAAUUCAUUUCACCUUUGUUUUUGGCCGAAUUCACAAAGAGAUUGAUAAGGAUUUUCUCUGUAACAAUGGAUUCAGACAAUCCAAACAAAAAAAUGUUCAAAGAAAUUGCAGAAUCUGUUCAUUAUUCUCUAGCAAAACUACAACCUUCAUUUAUUGUCAAACAGUCUGUUUGGCUUUAUUGCAAAGUUGUUGAUUGUUUCCCUGAUCAAUAUCAAAUGAUUUCCACUCUUUUCUCUAAUAUUCUGCCGAUGAUUAACAGGAAAAUGUAUAUAACAAGAAAUUCUAUUUUAUCUUUCUUUGUUCAUGUUUUUUAUUCUGAAUAUUUGAGAGUGAAAAACAUAGACAAGAUUUUCGACAUUUUCAUGUCAGAAUUUUUGUUCAAUGCUUACAAAUCUCUUGAAUUCGUUUAUUACGAGUUUUUGACUGUUUUGACACUUUUCUUGACAUCUUUUCCUGACGAACAAUUUGUCAAAAUUGCUACAGAAAAACUUUCAAAAACAAAGAAGAUUUAUUUAGAAAUCUUUGAUAGAUUAUUGAAAGAAUAUGAUCCACUACAAAUAACAAAAAUAUUUCUUGAUGUUCAUACCAAUAAUAUGAUUGUAUCAAUGAUGAAUUUAUGCGGAAAUUAUUUCUAUGAAAAUGUAUUUUAUUUGAAUUCGUUUUAUGCAAAAAUCGAAGAAAUUUCUUUAUUGAAUUCUUAUUUAUAUAUUCUGACAAAUGAAGAAAUUAAAUCAAUUGGUGGAAGAGUGUUGCAAAGCCAACAAUUUUUUUAUGAUAAGCAAAGGAUUUUUAAUCUUUUGAAUGAAAUUUUGGAACUUGUUAUCAAGAGUGAUUACAAGGUUUGCUCCAAACAAAUCUUACAAAAUUUGAUCAAAUUACAAACGAAAUUUGAAUUAAAUCAAAUUGAUUUUGAUUUGACAAAAGUGUCAAAACCGUUUUAUUAUUUUGUUACUUCGAAAUCAAAUAACAAAUAUAUUGUUGAAUCUCAUAUUCCAACAAUGUCUGAGUUUGCAAGUUUCAUGUAUUCAAAGACAAACAUCGUUUUCAUUCCUUCGAAGAAAUUUACAAAUAAAUUCGACAAUUUUAUAUGUCCAGUCACUUUUAUUUGUAAAGACACCUUCGAAAACAAGAAUUACGUGUUUAAUGUUGUCUCUUCUUUGUUUGGAUUCCAUGAAGUAAAUAUCGUUGCUGAUAAGAAGAGUUCAAGAGAUAUUGACUUUUAUUUAGAGAGAUUAAGCAACGAUAAAAAUGAUGCAGAAUCUACAUUAUCCAUGACAGUUUUGAAUCCUAAAUUCGCUUCUAAGGCAAUUAAAAGAUCUAAAGAUUUCGUUGAUUCUUCAAAGAAAGCUUUGAAAUCAAUCAAAAGUUCUAAAUCAUCAGUCAAAGAUGAAUGCGAAUCUAUAUUGAAAACUCUUCAAAAUCUAUAA